CAGCCCAGCCCUCCUCGCACCUCGCCGGCCGUCGUUGGCCAGUCCAAAAUGGAGGGCGCUCCGCUGGCGCCACUCGUACUCCGUCUGCUCUUGCUCGCGACAUUGCCGGCCGCAGGAUGGCUGAAGGCGGGCACUCCUGAGCCGUCGCCGCCCGGAGCUCCGAAGAACAGCAUCAGAAUUAAUGUAACUACCCUGAAAGAUGAUGGGGAGGUAUCUAAGGAACAGGUUGUUCUUAACAUAACCUAUGAGAGUGGACAAGUAUAUGUAAAUGACUUCCCUGUAAAUAGUGGUGUAACACGAAUAAGCUGUCAGACUUUGAUAGUGAAGAAUGAAAAUCUAGAAAAUUUGAAUGAAAAAGAAUAUUUUGGAAUUGUCAGUGUAAGGAUUUUAGUUCGAGAGUGGCCUAUGACAUCUGGUUCCAGUUUGCGACUAAUUGUCAUUCAAGAAGAGGUAGUGGAGAUUGAUGGAAAACAAGCUCAACAAAAGGAUGUUACUGAAAUUGAUCUUUUAGUUAAGAACCAGGGAAUACUCAGACAUUCAAACUACACGCUACCUUUGGAAAAAAGCAUGCUGUACUCCCUUUCCAGAGAUGAGGACAUUUUAUUUACCCUUCCCAACCUUUCCAAAAAAGCAGAAAGUGUUAGUUCACCACAGACCACCAGCCAGUAUCUGCUCAGGAAUGUGGAAACCACCGUAGAUGGCGAUGCUUUGCCGGGCAAAUUACCUGAAACUCCUCUCAGAGCAGAGGCUCCAUCUUCCUAUAAGGUGAUGUGUCAGUGGAUGGAAAAGUUCAGAAAAGAUCUGUGCAGGUUCUGGAACAGUGUUUUCCCGGUAUUCUUUAUGUUUUUGAACGUCAUGGUGGUUGGAAUUAUAGGAGCAGCUGCAGUAAUAACCAUCUUAAAGGUGCUUUUCCCAGUUUGUGAAUAUAAAGGAAUUCUUCAGUUGGAUAAAGUUAAUAUUAUACCUGUGGCAGCUGUCAACUUAUAUGCAGAUGGUCCUGAGAAAACAGCAGAAAUCCUUGAAGAUAAAACAUGUAUUUGAAACACCACCUCAAAUCAUGGACUCUGAAUUAGUCUAUUGGCUCUAAAUUUGCCACUUGAAUGUUUCUUUAAAUCAUUAAGAAUCAGUUUACACACUAGAGAAAUUGCUCAACUCCUAAAACAGCCUAAAACUUGACCUUUAAAAUGUCAAGUUAAAGUUCACCUUAUUCUUUAACAGGGCUGGCUAUUCAGAUGAUGAAUUGUUAAGGAAAUUUUAAACAAAGUGGAAGAGAAGACAAGUGAAGAAACUUUGAAAUUACCAAAAAGGGGGGAAAAUGGGCAAGACAAAAUGCCAUGUGCCAAUACUUUACAAGGUGCCUUUGUUAAGGAAGUUAUAUCCACUUAAUUACUAUAAUAUAUAAGACUUUAUGAAAAGCACUUUAUGAAAUUCUAAUUUAAAAGCUCAAGAACUUAACACUUAUUUUUUUAUUCAGUAAAAUGUGCCUUUAUAUUGUCUGUGACUCAGUAUAAAAAUCACUGAAGUGUAUCAUGAUUUCAUUGUACCAAGACCACUUGCCUUGAAUGCACUAGGAUUUAAAAAUAAUAGUGACAUGUUCUCACUCUAAAAUAAACUUUUUUUGAGGAAAAAAAUAGUCUUUUGGGCAUAAAAACUUUACCCAAGUGAGAAUUAUUUCUGUUAUAAUAGCUACUUUCAUGUACACUGGCUGAAACCAAUGUUCAAGUCAGUUAAAAGGACCAUCAGUAUCAUGGAAUUAGAAUAUACCUUAUGGUUCCAAAUUCAGUGCUAUUUAUCCUACA